AUGUGGACCUCUGCAGGUUCCACAAGGGCCGUGCGAGUUCUCCGCAGGAGAGCCUCGACGCAGACAACUCUGCUAGCCACUCCUGCAAAUUAUAUAUAUAGGCUGGAGAAGACCAGCGGCACCAGUGUGAAGACGCUGGGUCAUCUGCGCCUGCGACAUGCUGAGACCAACGAGAUCAUUCUAGUCCCAACGCCGUCUUCAGACCCAAGAGAUCCUCUCAAUUGGCCGAGAUGGUUCAAGCUAUACACGGCGGUCGCGGUAUGCUUUGCUAUGAUUCUGUGCAAUUUUCUUGCGGCUGGGCCAACGCUGGCCAUUCUCCAGACGGCACAGGAAUUCUUCCCCAAUUGGAAGGAGACUGGCAUGUCUGGCCCUAUCUCAAAGACUGCCUAUUUUUUCAACUGCACCGCACUAUUUCAGGGGUUGGGUAAUCUUCUCUGGAUGCCCCUGAUUAAUAAAUAUGGUCGUCGCCCUAUAUAUGUGACUUCUUUUACCUUGUACACAAUCACUGCCAUCUGGUGUGCCGUCGGCAAAGGUUAUGCAAACUUCCUAGUGGCAAGAAUCAUCAUGGGAUUUGCCGCUGGAGCAGGAGAGUGUCUGGCGCCUGUCACUAUUGCGGAUGUCUACUUCCUACAUGAGCGUGGAGCUAUUACUGCGUUCUACAACGCCUCCCUGAAUUUAGGUGUCGCCACUGGAGCUAUUAUCGACGGCUUCAUUGUGAAAUUCCACCCAUGGCGCUAUAUCUACUACGUCGCUAUUGCUAUCAUUGGCAGUGUCACCCUUAUUGUAUACGCGACAUUCCCGGAGACCGCAUUUACCAGAAACCUAGCAUCGAGUGACACUAUCACCACAUUGACUGCCUCUGGUGAGCGUGUCCGUCACGGUACGAAAGGCGAAGAGGCUGGUGAUUCCGAAAUCCAGGAAGUUGUCCCUAACGAGUCUGUUCAUAACCGCGGAUGGUUGAUGCAAGGCCUCAAAUUGUACCACGGCAAGUACACCCAUGAGUCGAUAUGGCAGAUGGCGAUCCGUCCUGUCGGGCUCCUGAUCCUUCCACCCGUUUUAUGGGCAACGCUGGUUAUGUCGGUGACUAUUGGUUUCAUCGUAGCUGUCACGUCCAAUGUUUCACCGGCAUUUAGUGAUACUUAUGGAUUUGAGGCAUGGCAAUCUGGGCUGUCCUUCAUCGCAGCUAUCCUUGGAUGCUUAAUUGGCAUUUUCCUUGGGGGCUAUUUUUCUGACUGGGUCGCUGACUUCUUCACUCGGCGUAACGGUGGGAUUCGAGAGCCGGAGAUGCGUCUUCCCGCUAUCAUGAUCGGUGCUCUUACCGGUCCACUUGCCCUGGCUCUGUAUGGCUGCGUCAAUUUCACCAUCACCCAGGCCACAAACGUCUCCCUGGUAUACACCAUCGACAGCUACCGUCCCAUCGCCGGAGAGGUUGUCGUCACCCAGCUAGCCUUUAAGUCUGCCUUCGGCUUUUUACUGGGUUUCUACACGAACCCAUGGGUUGAUCAGCAUGGAUAUAAUGUUGCCUACGGCGAAAUGGCUGCAAUAUGUGGCGCUGUCCUCCUGUUCUGGAUUCCGCUCUUCAUUUGGGGCAAGAAGAUCCGAGAGAGGACUCUUAGCUGGCGGGUUAUGCGGUGGGUGCAGUGGGAUGUUGACCGAGAGGUUGGCGAGUAA